UUACAGAGUAACAGAACAAAAAUGAGAUAAAAACCAGGCCUGAACCCCCAAAAAACUCCCAAGUGGGCAGAAUAACACGAAAAUAGCCAUGAGGAAAAACUCCUGUGCAAUGUGAAAGAUCAAAGGGCCAGAACAGCUAACCGGGGUCCGGAAGCUGUCCCAGGAUGCUCUGGAGUGACAGAUCAGUAAAAUAACAUUGUUUUCUCUCGAUGGGUGGGUAGGUACAGCGGAUUCUCCACCCAUUUGGCUCAUCAUUCAAGUAAUGAUUUUGCUGUCCAUGAGACCAUGUUGUGGAGUUUUAGUUGAACAGGCCCUAUGACCAACAUGAGCUGGAGUUUUCUCACCCGUCUUCUAGAAGAAAUCCACAACCACUCCACGUUUGUGGGGAAGGUGUGGCUGACUGUCCUGAUCAUCUUCCGCAUUGUCCUGACGGCGGUCGGUGGUGAGUCCAUCUACUCUGACGAGCAAGCCAAGUUCACCUGCAACACCAAGCAGCCCGGCUGCGACAACGUGUGCUACGAUGCCUUCGCUCCCCUCUCACACGUCCGCUUCUGGGUCUUCCAGAUCAUCAUGAUCUCCACCCCCUCCAUCAUGUACCUGGGCUACGCCAUCCACAAGAUCGCCCGCACCUCAGAAGAGGAGCGCCGUAAGUAUCACAGGUCCCGUAAGAAGCCUCACGCCAUCAAAUGGAGGGCUACCCACACCCUGGAGGAGGUCCUGGAGGAAGAGGAAGAGGAGGAGCCCAUGAUCUACGAGGACACUCUGGAGGUGCAGGAGAUCAAGCCGGAGCCAGCCAAGCCCCCUGGACGGGACCAGCAGAAGCAUGACGGCCGGCGGAGGAUCAUGGAGGAGGGCUUGAUGCGGAUCUACGUGCUGCAGCUCCUCGCCCGGGCUGUCUUUGAGGUGGGCUUCCUGGCAGGCCAGUACCUCCUGUAUGGAUUCCAUGUCGACCCGUCCUACGUCUGCAACAAGAGUCCCUGCCCUCACAAGGUAGACUGCUUCAUCUCCCGACCCACGGAGAAGACCAUCUUCCUCCUCAUCAUGUAUGUGGUGAGCUGCCUUUGCCUACUGCUCAACAUCUGCGAGAUGAUUCACCUGGGCAUCGGGGCCUUCCGGGACAUGCUACACAGACGGCGCAGCAAAGGGCGGCGGCCCUCAUACAGCUACCCCUAUGCCCGGAACAUCCCCGCCUCGCCCCCAGGAUACAACCUGGUGAUGAAGUCGGACAAGCCCGGUCCGAUCCCCAACAGCCUCAUACCUCACGAGCAGAACCUGGCUAACGUGGCCCAGGAGCAGCAGUGCACCAGCCCCGAUGACAACAUCCCCUCGGAACUGGCCAGCCUGCACCGCCACCUGAGGGUGGCCCAGGAGCAGCUGGACAUGGCCUUCCAGACAUACAACAACAACAAGAGCAACCCGCAGCCCUCUCGAACAAGCAGCCCUGCCUCGGGGGGCACUGUGGCGGAGCAGAACCGGGUCAACACGGCCCAGGAAAAGCAAGGGGCCAGGCCGAAAUCGAGCACUGAGAAACCCGGGGCCAUAGUAAAAAAUGGCAAGACGUCGGUUUGGAUUUAGGGGCCAGUGUUGCUUGGUUUUCAGGUGACAAGCCGCUUUUAUAAAGGAAGUGUUCUGUGAGUUGUUUAAGGUGAGUCAUGAUGGUCGGCGUAGGGACAUGGAUUUGUCACAGCGCCUGGAAAGGUGGGUUGGAAAUAAUAAGCUUUUGCUGAAAGUUUUCCAGUGGAAUGUGCUUGAUCAAGGGUAUUGGCUCAAGAGCAAGCAAAUGAUGGAAAUGCAACCAGGCCUUCCUGCAACCUUUAAAAAAAUGAUCCUUGCUUCAUAAUAAUUAUAUUAUGAAAUGAUCUUUAAUUAUAAUGAUAUAGUUAUAUUAUUAUUAUUGUAUUACAAUAAUUACACUAAUAUAUAUGUAUUCAUACCUGACAUUUUAAAAUUGAAAUUAAUAACAAGAGCAGGGUUGCCGUAUGGGCGGGGCCUGACUGACUGGGGUCCUAAAACAAUUGUGCCGGGAUGGGGUAGCCUGGAGUAAAUGGGGCCCAAAGUGAUAUAUUUUAAUGGGGCUGAAAAUCCCUGGUGCCACCCCUUUACAAGAGAGCCCAUUGGUAGUACAGUUUUUUUUAAAUGUACUGUAUGUUAUGUAUUUGUAGAUGUUCAAGGGUGAAUAGAAUGAAAGCCCCAGGCAUACUCUUAACAAAAUGGCACGUUUGGGCCACAGCAUGUUACAAGACCUGGGCUUUCUAUUAAAAUGUCAAAUUCACUAUUCACUCAUUGUUCUGGGGUGAGUUUCCUGAUAGCAACGUGUCUUGAAAAUGCACAUCAUUCUUCACGCAAAAUUCCAAGACACCUCAAGUCAAUUUUCAGAGUCAAUGGCCAGCUCUUGUUUCAUCCGUGUAGUUCUCGUUAGGGCUUAAGGCCUGCGCUCAUGGUUAGGCUUCCUUGGCUUUUGUCAAAGAUGUAGAACGUGUGCCUGUGGAAGGUCCAGAGAGGUCAAAUCAAUGUUUUUGUAAGGAAAAGUACCCAGGGGAAGCUGGCUUAAAAGAACAUGUUCAGAUCAUCUAUAGACAGCUGCAUGCCUGUCGGUGAUAAAUAACACAUACUGACGUUUCCUGGACAAGAGGAGGGGGAACUGGGACUAGGAAUAAUAAUUUUCUACCAUGCAAUCCACUAUUGGAGCCACAAUUUUUCACAAAAAUCACUAUUUUUAAACAAGCUCUUAUCACAGUUUUCCUAAAAUUGAUAGCAAUUUUGUUUUCAGUUUAGAAAUGGUUACAACUAUGGAUCACUAUAGACAGUCGCCCUCAAAACACCCUAACGCUGUGUUCUGAUUAUGUAUUACAUAUUGGCUAUUGGUGCACUGAAUGAAACAUUUGCACAUGGAUGGAAAAAAUUACAUGACGUUUCUGAAUAACUAAAACUGAUUCCUGUGUCCAACAUAUCCUGGUAUUCAGUUUAUACAAUUGUGAUUUUUUUUUUCUUUUGCGAUCAUAUGAAUUGCAUGGCCACAGUGCAACACUCCCAGAAUGCAACACUCCUUAUAUAAAUUAAUUCUCUACCUACUAUGCAAUACAUUUCUCACUCAUUUAACAACAUUAUACUGCUGUUAUGUUACAAUUCAUUUGGAUUGUCCCAUGAUCCUAAUAUGUGGAUAGAGGUGCUUAUACUGCUUAUGCUUUCAGACAACAGUCAAAAUGUACAACGGCAUAGUUACAUUAGCCAGUGUACUUUGACAUACAACAAGUCUUGAGGAUCUGAUAAAGGUCAAGCCGUCCAGUUAUAUUGUGUCUGUUGAUAGCUCCAGAUUAUGCAACAAUAUUUUCAAGUGAUGUGGUGAAAAGCCUAAGGUAAACUCAUCGUGUUUUGAACUGAACACGGCGAAGCGGCCGCUUCCACCAGAAGGUAUUUUUUCUCCUGAGAAAUGCGGAAGACCGUAUAAGGUGACGAUGGUCUGAACACCGCCGUAUAAGCCUGCCCAGUUCGUAUUCUCAUUAGCAACAGCUUUUCCCCAGUACAAUGUCACAGUGGAGCUCUCUUACCAUGUCACUGUAUGCUGAAAUGUAUUGCGUAUGUGACUCGUACCAAGUUUUAUGAAGACGGAAGGGAUUAUACUUUAGACACACACACACACACACACAAGCCAAAGCUGACCUGGAAGUAAUUUUCUAGUUAUUUGUCAUGACAUGUGUACUGUUCGAAACAUGGUGAGCUAACAUGGCGUUCGGAACACGCUCUUGGACCACUGGCAGCAAAACAUCUCCCAAACAUCAAAGACCCACCUCCAUAUUUGACAGUAGGUAUGAGGUGCAUUCCUCUUUUGCUGCCAAACAUGUCAAUGGUGUGUAUGGCCAAAACGUUACAUUUUGGUCUCAUCUGACCACAGCACUCCCUUCCAUUAAUAAUUCCAAAGAUGUCUGGCAAGCUCCAGAUGCUUGGUUUUGUUGGGCUCAGUAAGGGCUGUCUUUGUGCCACUCUUGAAGUAAAUGUAUUGAAAUAAAACAACAUAGUAUUUAUAUACAUUUUACCAUAACAUAUAGAUUAUGGUCUGUGAUAUUAUAUUCAUUUUUAUAAAGAGUGCCAACAUUAACAUUAGAAUAUCACCUACUAGUGAUCACAGUGAAUUGUAGAACUUGUUACUGGAAAUACUUGACUUGACUUAACAGAAUAAUAGUGUUUGUGAGUGUUUUUAAGGGGGUGCAAAGUGGUUGAUCAAAAUAACAUUUUACAUUUGAAUAUAAAAUAGGAAAUUUGAUUUACUUUGAAUUAGUUAUUUACUCAUCAUCGACACUAGUCUGAGUGAAAAAUGAGCAAUAAUUUUGUAAAUAUGUACUUUGCUUUAUUUUUGAUACCUGCAUGUAAAGACAUUUUGCUGAACUCUGUAUCUUUGUUGUCUUGAAGAUCUGUAUGUCCUCCAAUGUCCCGGUAGAGGCUACUUUUUAAAUAAACUUCUAAAAGGA